UGGAUUUAUAACACUUUCUAUAUCGGUGGAAACGACAUAGCUAAAGAAGGAGAUUGGAAAUGGCCGGAUGGUACUGAUGUGAUAAUGAAAAAAGAAACAGGAUAUCAAAACUGGAAAUAUAACCAACCAAAUGGUGGAACUGCUGAAAACUGUUUGACAGUUGGAAGAGAAAGGUAUGAGUGGGUUGAUGUAUCUUGUGAUGAAAACUUCUACUACAUUUGCCAGAAAGAGCUUCAAGGCCCUUUCAUUGAAAUACUAAGCAUCAGCGAAAACCAGAGAAUGUGUACAUCAACAAACUGCAGCACUGCAACACAAUUUGAGUGGUAUAAAGCAUCUAACAAAGUAUCAACCGCAACUACAAGUAGAGUUUAUCAAUCGAUACAAACUGGAUCGGCAACAUUGAAUCUUCAAAACGCAAAUAUUGCAGAUUCGGGAUCCUAUAGUUGUCGUUACCGACUUGGUAAAUUGUGGAAAACUACAACUGAAUCAUAUGAAGUGGCUGGAAAUCCCACAAUCUAUCGAAUAUCGAAUAACAACUGCCACCCUAACUUGAUCAUCUCAUGGAAACCGCAUACAAAUGCUGUUGGAUUCCCACACAAAAUAGAAGUAAGUCCGUCCUCAGGGGGAUCAACAAGAUGGGUGGAUUCACCAACAUCUGAGAAACAGUCGACCAUAAUAACCAGUUUGUUGCCUACCACAACCUAUACGAUCAAAAUUACUGCAUGUGUAACAAAAGACAAUUGCACAACCAAUUAUUCUACCACCCAAAAGGCAAGAACAGGUGGGGCAACGUUAUCUGCAGAAUCGCCAUCUAUUAUACAAUACAAGAAUACGCAAACUUGCGUCAUCUCUUGGAUCCUAUCUAACAAAUCAGUGACUAGUAACCUAUAUACCGUGGAACUGAAUCUAACUUCACAUCCGGUUUCUUCACGAGAUGCAAACUCGAAUAUAGACAUGAAGCUCAUAGACGUGACGUCAUCAUCCGUGUAUUCAUUUCAACCAGAACCAAAUCGUAACUAUUCGGCAUCUAUGAAAAUAUUUAAUUGCGUUUGGCCUGUCAAAGGUUCUUGUGUAGGAAACCCAACAGAUAUGAAAUCGUUCGAAUUCAACAUCGUCAGUUUCGUAAUUGGUUUUCUUAUCCCUUUGAUCUUCUGCGUAGUCUUUGGCUUAAUCAUAUACAAACUGAUGAAAAAGAUAAAGAAGUUGAAGAAAAUUGCAGAAGCGAAAGAACAUAAUUACGAAACUAUACAAGACAACGCAACUUCUUUCAACGACCCAGUUUCUCAACCGUCAUAUUCGAACGUGCUGCAAGAAACUGCCGGUUACGAACAAGCUCUUCCUGCGCCAACUAAGCAAACACAAGUGGAGUCAGCUUACGAACAACCAUCAUCUUCAAAUGUGCUGCAAGAAGCUGCCGGUUACGAACAAGCUCUUCCUGCGACAACUAAGCAAGCACAAGUGGAGUCGGCUUACGAAACUUACAACGCCUAAUGAACUACUGUACAGCUAUACAUUACUCUACUCUACUCAAAUAUCACAAAAUGAAAGAACACAUAUUGCAUUUGGUAUAACACUCUGUAAACUUGUAACAUACAAUCUCUUAGCUAUUGAGUAAUCAGUCAUGUUGGUGUCGAUCGACAUUUUCAUAUUACAGUCGGACCAAGCAAUUAUCUAUCUCUAUCCACUUACUCACGGAGACUGUAAUUGGCUCUUUAUGCUAUGUCUAAAACAUGUAUUGUCAUACAUUCUUAAGAACGACUCAGUUAGUUUUGUUAGGUCUACAAUUCUUCUAUUAUACUGCAAUAAUGAAAAUCAAAAGGCUUCACCCAAAAAAAUCCACCAAUUUUUUAUUGAUCGU